UCAUUACAGAGCCUUGACGGUUACGGCUGUAUUAAUUAUUUAUAUAUAGAGUUGUGGGGUCCUAAACCUCUUGGCUUUCUUGGCCUUGCUUUCCUCUCCCAUGUUGAAAUGGGAACCAUGGCAGACUUCCCUCCAAACCCUGAGGAUGGAGAACUCUGGCUACCCUCUGAUGUUUUCCAUGAAAUCGUUUCUGCAACCAUCAAGCCCGCAAGAAGCAACUCCCACCAAGCUUUUGUCAAGAAUGCUGCUCUCGAUCACGUUGCAAUUCAGCGCAAAAGUUCUGCUGCUGCAAGAUCUUUGUCAGAAGCUGUGUCUAAAUUUCAGAUAAAACAGCACGCUUGCUGCAGUUUCCCUGGUUCUAAGCCAAAUGGCAAUGGUGCAGCUGCUCGUGCAGUACCUGCUUUUGACCAUGGCGCCUCUAGGGUCGUCGGUGGCUAUUCAUUGUUUCCUGGACGUAUUCUCCUCUAUAAUCCGAUCCCACCGUCUCAACCUCAGGAUUUUGAGAAAGCCGGGAAGCAAAAAUCUCGACGAGGAUCGUUGCGCGUCAGCAGAAACGAAGUGAAGAGCUUUGCAGGAAAAUCUGGAGGAACUGGUGUCUUUUUACCCCGUUCCACAGAUGCGUCUGAGGAACCUGAACAGACUAUGAACACUGGGGUUUUCCUUAAUCACCAUCAUGCCUAUCUAACCAGUGGCAAAACGAACAAGAGUGGGAAGAAAGGGCAAGGCAAUCGAAAGAAAAGCGUGGACGAAAUAAAGGGAAGUUUGGAAGAGAAAGAGGAGUCUCAAAUUUCAAACGAGAUUGGUUUGCCCCAAGAGUGGACAUACUAGCUAAUUAUCUUCAAAUAACAAAUUGAAAAAGGAGAUUGACCUUGUUUCAGAAAAAUGGAUCCCCCAUUUGCAGCAAAAUAAAAUAAAAGAAAGAGAUAAAUCGAUA